AUGGCCACGAAUAAUCUAUCAGUACUUCAAGCACUAGAUUCGGCUAAAACGCAAUGGUACCACGCGAAAGCCAUUGUGAUAGCCGGAAUGGGUUUCUUCACUGAUGCUUACGAUCUCUUCGUGAUAUCUACGGUCACUAAGCUCUUGGGUCGCCUAUACUACCAAAGUGAUGGUAAACACCCCGCAAAAUUGCCCACGAAUGUCAAUAACGCAGUGAUCGGGGUAGCUCUUGUUGGAACUCUAUUAGGACAACUAGUAUUCGGAUGGCUUGGAGACAAACUCGGCCGUAAGAAGGUUUACGGUAUAACCUUGGUUAUGAUGGCACUUUGUGCCAUAUGUUCUGGUUUGUCAUUUGGUUCGAGUGCAAAAUCUGUCAUUACCACUCUUUGUUUCUUUCGUUUCUGGCUUGGUUUUGGGAUUGGAGGUGACUACCCACUCUCAGCCACCAUCAUGUCCGAAUAUGCCAACAAGAGUACCCGUGGGGCCUUUAUUGCUGCAGUUUUUGCUAUGCAAGGAGUAGGAAUCAUUUUCGCGGGUUUUGUUUCCAUGACAGUGUCUCACUUUUUCCUGAUAGCCAACCGCGCACCAUCAUUCAACGAGAACCAUGUCCUUUCAGUGCAGCCGAAUGCUGAUUACGCAUGGAGGAUUGUUCUGAUGCUAGGAGCUCUUCCGGCUCUCUUGACAUACUACUGGCGUAUCAAGAUGCCAGAAACAGGAAGGUACACGGCAGUUAUUGAAGGAAACGCGAAACAAGCAGCGGCUGAUAUGGGCCGGGUCUUGGAUAUUGAAAUCCAAGCUGAACAAGAUAAAUUGGCUGCUUUUAAGGCGAAAAAUGACUACCCUAUAUGGUCUCAAAAGUUCGUUGAGAGACAUGGACUUCACUUGAUUGGGACAACAACCACCUGGUUCUUGUUGGACAUUGCAUUUUACAGUCAGAACCUGACACAAAAAGACAUCUUUCCAGUGAUGCAUUUAACUGAUAAAGCCGAGGAAGUUAGUGCACUGGGAGAAAUGUUCCAGAUCUCACGAGCCAUGUUGGUAGUUGCCAUGUUUGGAACGUUUCCAGGUUACUGGUUCACCGUUGCGUUUAUUGAAAAACUCGGACGGUUCAAUAUCCAACUUAUGGGGUUCUUCAUGAUGUCCAUAUUCAUGUUUAUAGUUGGAAUCAAGUACGAAGAUCUAGCAACCGAAAAGAACCGAUAUGUGUUUGCUACUCUUUACGGACUGACCUUCUUCUUUGCAAAUUUCGGGCCUAACAGUACAACCUUUGUUUUACCCGCAGAAUUGUUUCCAACCAGAGUGAGAUCCACUUGCCAUGCUUUGAGCGCUGCAUCGGGUAAGGCAGGGGCAAUUGUGAGUGCUUUCGCGAUUCAAAAAUACACUGUGAACGGGGAAAAGAAAAAAAUCAGGACAGCGAUAAUCAUCAUGGCAGUGACUAAUAUGUUGGGGUUCUUAUUUACAUUUUUGGUUACCGAAACGAAAGGGCGGUCUUUGGAAGAGAUUUCCGGUGAAGAUGGAGGCAAAGACACCCCGGAGAUGGAAAUGAAUAAUAGAGAAGAUAGCCAUGUCCAAGAAAGUUGAGGGUAUUCCAACCUAAAUGCUUAAUUGUCAUGAAUUACUAUGUUUGUUUGUCAAAAUAAUUGC